CGAUUGGAGAAGGAGGCUGAGCGUCUGGUAGAAGUGGCUGAUCUGCCUAAUCCAAACCUCUUGUUUGAAGCAAGUGAAUUGGAAUCGGAUGUGUCUUCAAAAAAUGCCCUAGAAAUGCCACCUUUUGGCCAGACCAAUACUUCAUCACCUAUUCGAGAUAGUAACUCUAGGGCAGUACAGGCUAAUAAUGAACUUUGCACAAAGACUGAAGACUCAGAGCUUGGAUGCAUGCUUAAUACAGCCAUCAAGCAUAAGUUUGCUGGCAUCUGUGAAAUAAAUAAUCUAGGCGCAAGCACUCUUCCAGACCCUAUCGGUGAUAGAAUGGAUUCUGGGGCAUGGUCGCAAGUCUCUACCAGCUCAGCCACAGCCAUUCAGACUUUGAUGAAAUCAGAUUUGGAGAUAACUGAGUCGACUACAACACUAGGGAUGGAUAAAAGCGAGAAGGUGACAGCUUGUCGACUUACUUCACCUGGCUCCUCAGCCGCAUCUACUGUAUUGGCGAUUUCGCAUUCUGUAGAAGAGGCAGGGCUUGCCGACCGACUUCGUGAGACCGCAGAAGCAGUUUUGGCUAGCAUGACGUCCAGGCGAGAAGACCUGAUCACUGCAUACGAGGUGGCAGAAAGAUUGCGGAUGCGUGCAAGAGUAAAUGCUUCCUAA